AUGGAACCCCUCUGUCAGGCUGGGUCCAUUCUCAUGAAGGUGAAUACCUUACAAGGGAAGAAGAUGGUGGAGAGCGGCCUCCAGUCUGGAGACUUUUCCCUCCCCCAGUCCUGCCUCCUGCCGCUGGCUGACCUGGAGAUCCUGCAGCAGAAGGUGGCCGGCAUGCAACGGGAGCUGGAGGACUUUAAGAAUGAGGCGUUGAAGGCCAUCCAUCACCUGGAAGGUGCCUUCUGCGAGAUGAAUGGGGCUCUGGCACAGCAGGAGGAGCAGGCGGCCCGCGUGAAGCAGCGGCUGAGGGAGGAGGAAGACCGCGGCGUCGUCCGAAAUAAAGUCCUCACCUUCCUGCUGCCCCGGGAGAAGCAACUCCGCGAGCACUGCAAACGGCUGGAGGGCAUGCUGCUGGGCAGGGGCCGAGAGGCGCUGGGCAUCCCCAGGAAGAUCCAGGCCAACUGA